AUGAGGGCGCCCGGCAAACACACCGCCAUGACCGACUCAACGUCGUGCCUCAGUCCAAACUCCGACAACACCCCCGUCGACCCUAGACCAAUCGAUAUCUACAAGGAGACAACGAGCCCUCCACCAUAUGGCGAGCCCUGCUCCGGGAACAACCUCACCAAUCCCACAUCGUCCUACAUCUACAAUGAGACAGUAAGCCCUCCAGCAUACGGCGCACCCUACACCAGCAUCGGACUAGAUCGUGAUCCUCGCGUCAGCGGUGAAACCUUACCUGGAAUGACAUACAUGGACUAUUUGAAGGCCGAAAGGAACAAGUCAAAAGCUCGCAGAGUUGGGAAAUGGGUGAAGUGGCAUUGCAAACUCUACUUGCAGCUUAAUGAAAAGUUCGCGGUUCUUGCUCGUGUGUGGGGAGUGCAAGACAUCGGGAAGAUGAGUGGAGUACCGUACAGCAACAAUUGA